UGACUUUAUCAGCAUAACAAAUAACAAGUAAAGACUUAACAGGUUAUUUAUUAGCUCAAUAAAAACAAGUAAAGUCACACAUGCUAAUAAUUAGGCCAUCUGUUGCCUUUUUAUAAGGUUUUGAAUUUGACAAUUUAACAAUAACACAUGGCUUAACUUGUGAUGCAGUUAGUUAGAUAAAUAUUAAAUAGAUACUUUUUUAUGACCGUAUUAUUUCAUGAGUGUGGAUUACAAGUAAAGAUUACUUAAAUUUUUUUUACAGUUUAUUAAGGAAAUGGCUAUCCAGUUAAAGCAUUGGAGACGAAAUAAUGUUUCGGUUAAUAAGUUUCUAAGAAGUGACAUUGAUAUUGAUUGCUCAGCUUUAUUAUAUAAAGAGGUCUGUAGCAGCAUCAGCAAUCAUGAUUACUGCAAUAGUAAAUUCUGAAUAUAAUUCAGACUCUAUAUUACAGGAUGAAGAUGCUAAGGUUGAACUCAACAUUACAAACAGUUUAAGCUCUAGUUUGAGCAGCUUUAUAAUACAGGAUGAAGAUCCUAAUGUUGAACUUAACAUUACUAAAAGUUUAAGUUCUGUGCUUGCUUCCUGGGCAACAUGUAACAGAUGUUUAGGGGCUUGUGUUAAUGAACUUCUUUUGAUAUUAAAAGGUAAUGGGCAUAAUGAUCUUCCUCUAGAUGCACGAAUGCUAAUGCAAACUCCUAGAUCAGUUAAUUGUUACUCUAAGUGUGGAGGAAGUUAUGUGUAUUUAGGAAUUGAUUAUGGUAUUAAGCGGAUACUUCAGAAAAAUCCUUAUAAUUUUAAUAACAUCUUUUAUAGAUAUAAUAAAGUCUUUUAAUUUACUUUUACACUACUCUAGUCCAUGGUACUUAUUGAUAUUUUUAUUUAAUUUAUUACUUUUAUUGAUAUGCAUUAUUUUACAUUUUUUUAUAUUACUACUUUAGUCCAUGAUAUUGGUUGGUAGAAGGAUCAACAUAAAAAUUUAGCAAAUUUUAGCAACUGUAUAAUGUAUCAUAAUCUACAGUUUAAAGUUGUAUUUUUCUAUUAGCUAUUUUACAUGAACAAAUUUUUAAUAUAUGAGUGUUUUUUCAAUUAUAUUUUCUACUAAACUUUUCCAGUUGAAAAAGUAUAGUGGGGCAAGCAAAAUGUACAUUCGAGCUGUUUGGAUAUAAAAUACAGAGAAAUAGAGAGAGAGAAGAUUCGAUUGAUAAUUUUUUGUGCUGGUCAUCAUCAUUAAAUGUAAUAAAUUGUUUCAAUGAAAUGCAUAAACCACAGUCUAACUAAUACAGAUUUAAGCUGCUCAAAAUUAAAUGUCAUGGAG